UUCUGAAGGAUGUUUACGUGUGAGGUAGCGGGGCUACGUAAACUACGUCAUGUCCGAUUCUUCAACCCAAUCCACUCAUAAGCAUCGUAACGGUAGAUAUGGCGACCAGGAUGUCUUAUGCUACAUAGCCAAAGUGAUGUUUUUUAAACGGCCCAACGGACACAAAGUUCACCCAGUUGUUUCCACAUUAGCUGGAUAAUCGGACACUAUGGAGGAACCGUGGGACUUUGAGUUUUUGUCCCGCAUCGCUGACAGCUGCUUAUCGUUUCUCUCCGAGUUUGUGGACGACUGGCUCGCCAACGAUAUGAGAGUCUCCAUAUUUAAGAUUUUACUAAGCUGGUUAAUUUUUAGUCUUGUCGCAAUUCACUUUGCAUGGAAAGUCUACGGGAAUACAGUGAACGAUAUGUAUUACCGACAGGGGACUGGGCAGAACGGAGGCACACCUGACACAGCACCUCACCUGAGUGGAUGGGAAAGUAAAGCAGGCGAUACUCUGAAGACUCAUCGAGAUUAACAGGACAAUGGGCUUGGACUGUGGACUUUAUCCAAGUGAGACCUGGACAGUUAACAUCUCCCAGAGACACUGACUGCACCCAAGUUGUGAAAAUGAUACUUUUCAGUGUAUUCAAGAUGGAUGCACCUUAUGGCGACUGCCUAGAGAAAUUUUAUGUCUCACUUAUAUCCCUUAAAUUGCACAUAUAGUGCUGUAACAUAUUUAUUUCGGACUAUCAACUUUGCUCAUUGAAAAUGACUUUAUUCUGCAUAAAACCUGUUCGGCUUCAUCGUCAACUUUUUUCAUUUCUUUCAAGAGACUUUAGUACAAAUGUGAAAAAUAUUGAUGGGUUUGCAUGUGAGUUGAGAAUGCUUUAAGAACGCUGUUUUGAUAGCAGAUAUGAAAUUUUCCAUCCCAAGACCACAAGCAAGAGAAAGUAAUUGUACUUGACUUGAAUGAUGUAUGAAGGGAAAAAGGUACAUGAUUUUUUAAAGUCAGGACACGCAGGAUGAUAUGGACAGGUUUUUGAAUGUUAAGGCUGAAUUGCAAUUGCACCAGCAAGAGCUAGUGUAUGAUGAUGGCGAGUGCUGUGCACAUCUAGUUAUAAUUUUAAAGAUUCCUUACGGUGGACAGGAUCAUUUUCAUCACUUCUAUUUGAUAAAUAAUCCAUAUGGUCUAUUUAAAGACAAAUCCAUGAAAAUCAGUUCGUGUUGUACAUCUUCCAUGAUUUUUCUGGUAAAUUUGAAACACCAUUGUUUGUCUUAACAUGUAAGGGGUGUUGCAUGCACUUAAUGGGAGACAGAAUACCUGUGUUAAGUAUUCAGCCCCUCUGACUUUUUCAUGUUUCAUACAUUAAUUCACAGCAAACACCUGUGUCAAAGUGAAAACAAAUCUCUACAGAUUGAUUAAAAUUAAGUACAAAGCAAGAGUAUAUUCAUCCAAUUUAUGACAUCCAAAGUGCACAAUUUGAAUAUAAAUCACAUGUGUAAUAAGUGUCAGAUGAUUUUAUGAUUUUUUUUUUUCCUGGAUGCGUCACAACCUGUAGCUUUAUUGCCACUCAAAAAAACCCUUCUCAAGCUCUAUACUCUAUCAAAUUCACCAGAAACCCAACACCCUUACCAUGAAGCAUGGUGGCAUGUUGUGGGGGUGCUUCUCUGCAACAGGCCCUGGUGGCUUGUGAACGUAGAGAGCAAAUGAAUGCAGAAAUAUACUGAAAACUUGCAGAGAAAAACCCGCCUCAGUGUGCAAGACAACUGUGACUUGGGAGAAGAUUUAUUUUUCAGUCGGACACAGGAUUGGCUGUUAAUCGAUGUCCACACCUCAAUCCAGGAUUAGCAGGAGGAAUUGAAAAUUGCUGUUCAUCCAAUCCCCAUGUUACUGGAAAGUGUUACUGGAGAGUAGCUAUGCAAAGAAGACUGGGGGAAAAAGUGCAAUGUCCAGGUAGCAAAGCUGACACAGACAUAUCCAUUCUGGGUAGACUCAAGGCCAUAAAUGUUGGCAAAGGUGCCUCUUUGCUUGAGAAGGGUGAACACAACUAUUAUAUUUUUAUAUUUGUAUGCAGUACGUACAAGUUUGUUUCACUUUGACAUUAUUUUUUUAUGUUAAUCUUUGUGAAAAUAAUAGUUACAUCCACUGUGAUUUGAUGUACAGUAAUAAAACAUGAAAAUGUCAGAGGUGUUGAAUAGUGUAUGUACUUCCACGUGAGCCAACCUACAGUCAACUAUUGUAACCGACAUGUUAUAUUGUUAUAGCAGUAGCUGCAAGUCUGUAGUACAAGACAAUAUACUGCAUUGUGUAUUUAUAGAACUCUUUAAUGAUGUACAUAGUAUUUGUCAAAUAAAUUAUUACAACAAAAUGAUCAGCAUAUAUUAGGUACCUUGACGUACCUGAAGAGACCAGCAGCAAAGCAGGAAGAUAAUGAACUUUGCAAGUCGUGCAAACAGCUUGAUUGAUGUUACAUUUGUGUAAUGUACUUGAAAAUACUGAUGUUGUUGAUGCCUGUUAUUUCUAUGCUGUGUUGUAAAACAUAAUUUGCUGUGAUUAAAAAAAAGAUUUGCGUUAA